AUGGUCGGGACAGCAUCAGUAGCAUCUUCGAUUGCUAGCAGCACGGCCAGUGCCUGCAUCUCCUGCAGGAGCCACACGACACUUCGUCGUCCUCAACGGCGACCGUCUCUGGGAGGAGUGGAAGAAGAAGCAACCGCAGUAGAUCACAAGAGGGAACAGCCGGAAGAAACAGAAGCCGUGAUUAUCAUGGACCUGGACGACCACUGCUGUGAUGCGGAAAACGACGACGACGAUGACGGCGACAGCAGCUGCAGCAGCGAUUGUGCCACACAAGUCACGUCGAAUACCAAUCCUCACCGGAGUUCCAUUACCCACGACGUGGAUUCUCACAUUGCCGACAAUACUCACAGCAGUAGCAGUGCUACCCAUGUUACUUCGAAUCAACGGAUUCAUAGUAGUAGUGGUGACGUCGUCCUGACCACCACCAACACUCGACCCAGACUCCAUCGCAAUGAUGAUGAUGAUAAUCCCCUGGACAGUUCCUUCUCCUUGAUGCGAGUCGACAUGGAUAACAGUCGAACCAGUGGUCUCACGGAAACCACCGACAUGAAAGCCACGACGAGUAGUAUGGAACGAUGGAGUUCCGGAGAACCCGGUCGUCGAAACUCGACGAGUGGAGGAGAGAAACAAAAAAGCACGUCCAGUCAAAAGAGUGGCAGUGUGUCCUUUGCCGUCGAAGAUGACGAUGAUGACGACGACGACGGUGACGAUUGGAAGAGCAAACCCGCCAUGGUGGGGGAGGGUAUCACCACACUGGAAGAAGAAGAAGAGGAUGAUCGCAUGACUUGUGCAUCCGAACCAACCAAGGGAUCGUCGAACGGCAGCAGUAGUUCGAUGCUGCUCACCGAAGAUCGCAUCCGAUCGCACAUGUUUGAUUACUACGAAGACUACGAUUCCAUCUUUCGACACGGCAAAAAUAGCAAGGCUUGCUGGGAAUCCUUCUUUCAACAAUACUUUACCGACGACAUAUUGUGGAUUCGCAGUACUGGAAAUCCCAUUGGCAAGGAAGGAUUGGCGCAUUUAUUGAGUGAAGAUGUGAGUGGUAUUAGCAUGACCAUGGUCAGCAUUGACAGCAUUCAAAUACUGGCGGGUGGAAUGGCAGCGGUCGUGGUCUUUACCGCCGAUCAAGAAUAUCUGUAUCGGGGGCAGCCCGAAGCGGACCGAACCGUUAUUACCAGUGUUUUGCAAGUUGUCAAUGGGUGUGAAAUAUUGAUUGGGCAUGAACAUCGAUGUGCUGGGAAACCAAUUCCCAAGGAAACGAGAUGGGAAGCGAGCUAG